AUGUCUGUUUUGGUGAAUGGGACGCUGGCAGGUUACUUCCAAACGUUUUGGGGUUUGCGGCAGGGGAAUCCAUUGUUCCCCUUGUUGUUCAUUCUUGUCAUGGAGGCGCUAAGUCGGUUGUUGUCUCGGGUGGUGCAGGGCGGUUUGUUAGCAAAUUUUUCAGUGGGAGAUGGGGUUCGUGUUUCUCAUCUUUUGUAUGCUUUGAUUUUUUGUGGGGCUGACUCAGAGCAAUUAGGGCAUUUGCGCUGUGUUUUGCUCUAUUUUGAGGCAGUCUCGGGUCUGAAGAUGAAUUUGACCAAGUCAGAAUUAAUUCCUGUAGGGGAGGUCGGCCAUCUUUUGACUUUGGCAGCCAUUUUGGGUUGUAAGGUGUCUCAUUUGCCGAUGUCUUAUUUGGGUUUGCCUUUGGGGGCUCCUUAUAAGGCGAAAGGGGUGUGGGAUGGGGUGUUAGAGAGGGUGCAACAUCGGUUGACAGGGUGGAAGAGGCAAUAUUUGUCUGAGGAUGGUAAGCUAACUUUGGUGAAGAGCAUAUUGAGCAGUAUUCCGACUUAUUUCAUGUCUGUCUAUGUCAUUCCUGUGUCAGUGGCUCGCCACUUGGAGAAGUUACUGCGGGAUUUUCUGUGGGGAAAUUAUGAUGGGGAGUUUCGGUAUCAUCUCGUUAGUUGGAAGAAGAUUUGUUGUCCUAAGGAGGACAGGGGGUUGGGGGUGAGGAGGUUGUGUAAGUUUAAUUUGGCUUUGUUGGAGAAGUGGUUGUGGAGGUUUUCCAAUGAAUGA